AUGGGUGAUGACCUCUCGGAUAACGGCGAGCAUGGGUCGCGCCAUAGAAAGUACAACGAUGAUGCGGCAAAGGACGAGCGAAGCAAAGACGAGCGCAGGCGGAGAUAUCGCGAUGAAGGACCUAAUCGGCGCAGAGACAGGUCGCGCUCACGUGAACGGCGCCAACAUCGUUCACGCAGUCCCGACACACGAGCUCGGCCACGAUCAAUAGAAAGGGAUCGCGACAGGAGAAGAGACAGGGAACGUGGCUCAGACCGCGAACGGCACCGACGCAGGAGCAGAAGCAGGAGCAGGGAUCGCAGCAGAGAGAGGCGAGGUUUUGACUAUGACAGUGAUAGGACUUCACGGCCGAAGCCCGGCAGAAACGGAGGGGACGAUGAGACAUCAAAACGUGACAAUGAACGCAGCAUGAUCAAGCGGUCUGGCCCGCUGCCCUCACAGAGCGACUCAUUCGCCCUUAGCAAAGGGGAGGAGCCCGAGAAGCCGAAAGAGAAACCAAAUUUCAAGCCCACGGGUGUAUUGGCUGCCCAGUCGAAAUCGGUCACGGCCGCCGAUGGUACUACGAUCACUCUAAAGUAUCAUGAGCCGCCGGAAGCCCGGAAGCCUCCUCCGCGAGACUCGUGGAAACUGUUCGUGUUCAAGGGAGACGAUGUCCUCGACACAAUCGAUCUCGGUACACGCAGCUGCUGGCUUAUUGGAAGAGAACUGGCAGUGGUCGACCUCCCGGCAGAACAUCCCAGCAUCAGCAAGCAACAUGCUGUCAUUCAGUUCCGUUAUACAGAGAAGCGCAACGAGUAUGGUGACAAGAUUGGCCGAGUCAAGCCGUAUCUCAUCGACCUUGAGAGUUCUAACGGCACGAUGCUUAAUCAUGAACGUAUUCCCGAGAGCCGCUAUCUCGAGCUACGCAACAAGGAUGUGAUACAGUUUGGGUCCAGCACCCGGGAGUAUGUACUAAUGUAUACCAAGAAUGAGUAA